ACUUAUUCACCAGGGGGUACUUCUGCAGUGCAGUGGAUACGUGGAAGCAGUGUGGAGGAAAAUCAACACACAAAUAGGAUUGCAAAAUGGUGUGAUGCUGAACUAGUUAAUUUACUGUCACAAAGAUUAGUAGCCUUCAAGCUGCAAUAGGCCAACUGCUCGGGGUACGUCUCAUGUUCACAACAACCUACAGCUGUAACACCAAGUGUUGCGAUUUGAGAAUGCGUAAAAGCAAGUUUAAAAGGCAACAAAAAACAGUCCAAAUAGAUUGCUGAAAGUAAUAGAUCAAUGGCUGAAACAACCAGAUUCAUCCACUCCAGGUGGUAGAAUCAGCCUAAACAUGGACAUUUGUGAACAUGUGCAGCCAUGGAACCAUCAUGACCUGUUAUUUUGAAACAUUUAAUUUGAUUAAAAGGGUGCAAGGUACCAAGGUACUUAACAGAAAAGCUUGGGAACCACUGUCAGGACAUGUGGGAGAGGGAAUCUGAGCCACUUGAGCGAGUUCAUUUAAAAUCCAUAAGGUGGUGUGAGUGACUUGUGUGAGAGAGAUUCAAAAGAGCUUGGGGGAGAGAGUCAAAUUCCAUCCAGAUUGAAAGAACAAGGGUGUGGAAGUUUGGGGGGGGGCGCUCAGCUGUUCUUUCAACAUGGAGUUUGAGUGUACAGUUCUUUCAUUAUUGCUGCAGCCAACUUUAAAGUCAUAGAAUGUAGGAAAAAUUGACUUUUUAGGGGGCAGUUUCUGCUUCAAAUCGUCUGUUGUCUUCUCUUGUCAGAAGUUGUACACAAUGAUUGAAGUAUAAUAAUGUACAAAACUUCUACCUACUGACACUUGUUUCUGUUAACACAUAAUGGAUAUUUUUUUCCCUCUUGGCGAACACAUCAAUAUUGGGACAUUGUGUGCACCGUAUUGGCCAUGUGAGUGUGUGUAGCAGGUUUUGCAUAGAUUUUCUUUUUCCAAAUUGAGCAUCUGUCUUGUCCUGGUGAUGCUUGAAUAAGCGUAUUGAAUUUUCCACCAAAAGUUCAGUCAGUGUCCUUUUUUCCAUUUGUGUCUGAGGGCUGUAAACGCACCUUGAGGGGGUUGUUUUUCACAAUUUAUUCCUUUAAAUAUCAGAAAUCAGUGAAAAUAUCUGUAUUUUUCAGAGCCGAAAGUUUUGCCUUGAAAUAAUCUUCUUUUUUUGUCCCUCCAUUAAUCCAAAAAUAUACUUGCACAGUAUAUUGUAUGUAUAUACAGUAAUAUAAAUCAGUGAAAAGUAGAUGCUGGAAUCUGGUGCUUUUGCUUGAUAAAUGAUUAACAUUUUUGCUGAUUCACUUUCCAGCACUACUUCAGUGUGUAAAUCUCUGUCAUACAAUGCCCGCAUUAACAGUAAUUUUGCACUUAUCUGUUCUGUUGUUAAACAAAUGUGUUUAUUUUUUUACCAUGGCCCAUAAUGAGCUCUUUAAUUAAACUCACUUGUUGCCUGUCUCUUUGGAGCAGAACCCUGUAGCUAUGAGGUAGCCUUUAAUUAUUCUGGUGGCUCUAAUACAUUAAAUGGGCUUACUCUGGCUUUGUGCACGCAUACUGUAUGUGCUUGAGUCAUUUUAUGAGUGGUUUUUGUGAGGAUUCAGCAUCCUCCGGGUGCUGCAGCAGCAGCAGCAGCAGCAGCCGCCCUCCCCCUCUGCAGCCUCUCCAGCAGUAUGCCCGACAUGCAAACGGAAGCAGGCGCUACCAUUUUGAAACACAGCACCGCCUAGCGCCAUGGACAAGAGCAACACAGUGAAGCUCUUCGUGGGCAACCUGGCGUUGGACACCACCCAGGAGGAGCUGUCAGCCAUUUUCGAGCCCUACGGCCAGGUGGUCAGCUGCAGCGUGCUGCGGCAGUUUGCCUUCGUCCACCUGCAGGGUGAGGGUGCCGCCGAGCGCGCCAUCCGGGAGCUCAAUGGACGGGAGUUUCGUGGACGAAAUUUGGUGGUGGAGGAGUCGAGGGGAAGGCCAUUGCACUCCACCAAGGUGUUUGUGGGUAAUCUGAGUGGAAUGUGCACCACUGAAGACCUGCAACAGCUGUUCCAGACAUUUGGAAAAGUUCUUGAAUGUGACAAAGUCAAAGCCAGGCAUUCCUCUUCUGCAGGCUAUGCCUUUGUCCACAUGGAAAACAAGGAAGAUGCACUCCAGGCCAUCGAGGCCCUGCACGGCACCUCGUUUAAAGGCCGCCCCCUGUCUGUAGAGCUGUCCAAGGUCCAGCCCAGCAAGCAGGCACCUACAGGAAAAAUCCCCUGUGUUAACUGUGGAAAGCAGGGCCACUAUGCUGGAGAAUGCCCCGUGGGGAAGCCUUCUCUGGAGCAGUACCAGAGUCAAGCAGCGGUUCUGGCUGCUGCCGCUGCUGCCGCCGCCGGCCUGCCACUACAGGUCCAGCAAAGUGUGCACAACUCUGUCUACAACACCUCCACCUUUGACCCGACAUAUGCUGCUCUCACUGGGAUCACUACAGGCACACGCACUGAUGGAAAUCCGGUCAAUCCAGCUGUUUAUGGUGCCCUUGCCAGCCAGGUGUAUGGUGCCAAUGUUGCCAAUCAGCUUUAUGGAACGAUGGCCAAUCAGGCAGCUCUUACAUCAGGUGCCACACACCAAAUGUACAGCUCUAUGACCCCUAACAUCUACGGCCAGAUGGCUGCAACUCCGGCGGCUGCAGCUGCUGCCGCUGCUGCCUACGCGACUCCGGUUUACACCCCAACUAUGGCCAACCCCCCUGUCUAUCUGACUGCUGCACAUGGAUUAGAAAUGCAAACAGCAGCGGCCGCAGUCAACCCUGCCUACACAGUAGCUCAAGCAAUUUAUGGUGCGGCCACACCAGCCUACGCUCAUAUAAGCGCCAUGGGAGCAGCGGACCAUACUGCAGCCAUCUUUGAGGCAGCCAGGCAGGCACAUUACUUUGCCCAGGGCCAGCAGGUUGUGGCUGAGCAGCACUCAGCGGCUGCUGCUGCCGCGGCUGCUGUGGCAAAAUCUGGUGAGAGGGACCGCAGUCCCCUACGGAGGUCGCUACCUCUCUUACCAGACCCAGUGAUGAAGCCGUUCAUGUACCAGAGAGCCAAACCACGCCGACCCCUGCUCCCCACACCAGCUGGCCGAGCAGCAGAAGAGGCAGCAGAGGCUGCAGAGGACCCCAUGGCCAGGUACUAUGCAGAGUACUACCAGCAGCUGCAGCAGUACCCCCAAUUCCAGUAUGCCUACCCACCACCAAGCACAGUGACAGCCAUCCCUGGAAUGCCGGGAGUGUCUGCAGUCCCUACAGUAUCCGCGAUGUCUGCCCAGUCAGUCGCCACGCUGGACGCCCUCAGGCCAGUGGUCCCCACCGCUGCGGCAGUGGCAGCCGCCAUGGCUGCGCCCAGGGUGUAUGAGCCGCCGUUGCCGCCGCCCACGCGCAAGGAGGCCAUCCUCCGCCGCCCCGAACUCUCCCUUCACACGCCUGAGCCCCCAUUCCGAUAGUCGCACACAACUCUCUGCCCCUACCCUUUCCUCUUUGCCCUGAACCCCCCCACACCCCUGUCUCCUUUUCCACCCCAAACCUUGACCACCUUACAGCAGCUGUAUGUGAGUGUGUGUGCAUCUGGGGGCUCUUAAGUGUGUGGGGUGGGGUUUGAAACUGGGGGGCUCCUUGGUUUAUUAACCUGCUUUACGAGGAUCAGCUGACCUUGGUCCUGUUUGCGCGCACACACAGUGCAGCCAUGAAAGGGAGGCUCCCAUCUGUUGCACGGGCAUUCUUUGUGCUUCUCAGUUUUACUUUUAAUUGUGCCAGUCUCACACUUGUGCCAGUAUUAGACUGACCCAGUCAGUCGUUUCAUAUGCCUUUAUUUCCGCAACCCAGUUAUGAUUUUCUACGGCCAAAUCUACGAUAAGACAUUGGUUUAUGAACCAGUCAUCAGCCAUCCUCCUUAGGCCUAGAUGAUCAGUUAGGGCAGCUAAUUUGAAACCUUUUUUGCCUUAUGUUGAAGAGUUUGAUUUGUAAUGUAAUCAGAUGGGAAGUCAGAUAGACACACAUUGUGUACUGGCUGCAUUGCACUGUGUCCAACAGUACCAAGGUUGACGUGUUUUAGGGGGUGUUUGUCUUGAAUGUGAUGUGGAUGUAGUAUGUGUGAAAGAGAGAGAGAUGUAUAUGAUGGAUCCUGACCAUGCAGCGCACAAACGCAGCAGCAGACUGCACCUUGCAGAAAGAAAAAAAAAAAAAAAAAAAAAACGUAAAGCACACAUAAUACGUACUGUAAUGUAUGUUUGGAUCUCUCCUUGACCCUCUUUCCCCCACCUGUACUCUAACUAACACUGGAAGACACUGCUUCACCUCUCUUUCUCUUUCUAACUACAGCUGCCUACCUCUUACUGUAAAUUUCAGUGUAGAGUCUAUUCUAUUAUACCAUAUUCCACACUUUUCACCCGGUCAGCAGUUAAUUUCCUGCUCCUCGUAAAAGGUACAGGGUCAGCAGUUUAGGGAGGGAGGAGCCGGUUUUUAGUGACAAUGACUUUUGUAGAUAUUCUGUCCUCAUACAUGUUCAGAGGCCUUUUUUAAAAAAUAGUGUUUUGUUUGUUUACGUGUAACACAAGUCAUCCUGGGAUGUAAUGAAUUGUAAAUCGAAAAAAACCCAUGUGUGACUACUGAAUGAGCUGUUUACAAAGGAUAUUUACACAUCAUCCUAUUGGGAAUCAUAUGUGACAAGCUCAAUUAUGUGCCUAUAAGCUUUGAAGGAAGUGCAUUAAGAGGAGGGACCCCCCCCCCCCCCCCCCCCCCCCCUUAAGUGCUUAUGACUUUUUAAUAAUUUCAACGGGGGGUAACAGGAGCCCUCCUGAGCUUAGUAUCCAGAAGGCGAGCAGUGAAGCUUUCUCGUGGACUUGUGUUAGAUUUGUUUCAUAUCAUAGGGUUUUUAAAAAGCCACAAACUGAGCCUGACAGGUUCAUAUUUAGCUGCUGGUUUUAAGCAGGAAUGAUAGUGAUAGCACCAAUGAAGUGAGAGAUGGGGCAGUGACUUCCAGUUGCCCCAGCUAUCCUACUUUUUUUCCAAAUACCAGACCUGCUUCAGAUUGUAAUUGCAAAAAAAAAGUUUAGUGUCUGUUUUUAUUCCAGUUAUUGGAUCUGAUAGGUGGGGUUUGCUACAUCAGGAAUAACAAAAGCUUGGCUUUCAAGGACAGGUACCUUUUUUAUUUAAUUUUUUUUAUUCAUGAACUUGUUCUGAAUGGCAAAUCCCACCCAUUUGGUUCUGCAAUCACUUAAAACAAUCACUUGGGAGUUUUUUGCAACUACUAUCUGACAGCAGUCUGAUGCACACACAGACAUGCCCUCUGAAAUCACCUUACUGCCUCGCUGU